UACGCCUUCGAGAUCCGACAAUCUGCGGCUAUCUCAUCACCAUUCACGCCGGCUGAUUUGCGGUUUUCUUCUCUCCAUCUUUCUUUUAAUUUCAAUUUCUUUGCCUUCUGGUCAUUGAUUAUUGGAACAAUCGCCCACCGCCGUUUGCCGAUCUCCUCCAGCCUCCCUAAAUUUAUUCUCACCUUAAGUUGUUGUAUGUAUGGCUGGGGAGGAUAAGUGUCUGCUCAUGAAAUAGAGGGAGAGAUAGGGCAAGGGGGAGAAGAAAUUGAACAAACAGUUCCUCUCGGUUGGGAUUUCACGGUGGUGAAUCAUUAAAUUGGGAAUGGGGGAUACUGAGGUUGACGGUAAACUUAAAAGGAUGGUGUUUGUUACCGUGGGAACAACGUGUUUUGAUGCUUUGGUUAGAGCAGUAGACACUGAGCAAGUAAAACAGAAAUUAUAUGCUAGAGGCUACACCCACCUUCUCAUUCAAAUGGGACGUGGUACAUAUAAUCCAACCGAGUAUCAUGGAGAAGAUGGGCUUGUUGUAGAAUAUUUCUCUUUCUCUUCAAGCAUAGCAGAUCAUCUAAAAUCAGCAUCUCUUGUAAUUAGCCAUGCUGGUUCCGGCAGCAUAUUUGAGACACUGAGACUAGGUAAACCUUUGAUUGUGGUAGUGAACGAAGAUCUAAUGGACAAUCAUCAAAUUGAACUUGCAGAAGAACUCGCUGAGAGGAAGCAUCUGUAUUGUGCUCGUCCCCAAACGCUACAUCAGACUAUAGAGAGCAUGAACUUGGACUCUCUCAUUCCAUACACACAAGGUGAUGCUAAACCAGUUGCAAGACUCAUCAAUAGGUUUCUAGGUUUUCCUGAAGAUUGAUGAGGUUGUAAAGCCUCUUUCUCCAAAUUAAACUCUUUAAUUGUUGUAGUUUUAAAUGUUAAAUAGGAAUUGCAUCAUCUUGCGAACCUGAGCAUACAUCCAACUUGUUAACAUAUUAUAUCUCAGCCAAAAGGUUAUUGAUUCGAUUCCUCACCCCACAUUUUUGUACUCAAAAGAGUGGCAUGUUUUAGACACUGCCAAUAGGUACCAUAAUUUUUGUGUUGUUUACCAAACACUGAGGAAACAUAUUCUGUCUUUUCCUUGCUGCUUGUUCAAAGCAUCUUCCA